AUGAAAUUCUCCAAUACUGCCUUGGCUGUUCUUGCCACCUCAGCUGUUGUUGCAGAAGCUGCUCCAACACAAAUGACGGAGUCGACUGCCUCUGAUAGUCUCUCCUUGAUCAAAAGACAAGAGCUAGAGAAUGCCUUGUCAGAUCUCAAUGAAUUGAAGAUGAUGCGCGAAAAACGAGAACUUUUGGAGAGUGAACUUUCAGCAAGAGAAUAUACAAUCGUGACCAACGUAUUGGAUGCAAUCAAAGACACUAAUUUGGCACCGGUUGUUUUAAAGUACUUCACUAGUAACGUUGUCUUGCAAGCAGCUGCUGUGCAAGGUAUUCUCUUUGUAAUCAAGAGUAACUUAAUCAGUGCCGCCACUUUAUUGAAAUAUCUUACACAAUCUGGUUUGAUAACAUCGGUGAUCAACGAUAUCAUCGCGGACUGUGGCUUUUUCGCCCAAGUCUUGGGCCUCUUGAAGUCAGAGCUUGGAAACAUUUUCAAAAGAGACGAACCAUACACACAUGAGGAAGGAUUGGAAUUACUUCGUAGGGAUGGACUCAUCGAGGAAACUGAAUUCGAUAACUUAGAAAUGCUAGACAAAAGGGCGGUUGACGACGUUAUUAACAACGUUUUAGACAGUUUGGCGAAGUCUGGUUUGGCAACGCAAGUUGUCGAGGCAGCCCUCGUUGACCCUAAAUUCUACAGAUUCUCUGCUCUGUUAAUAGGAGUUCUUUACGCACAAGGCCUUCUCAAGCUUCAACCUUUAGUACAAGCAGUAAGUCAAUCUGGCCUUGUUCCAGCACUAUUAUCUGAUUUAUUGAAUGUCCUGACUUUGAAGACCAUUGCUUCUACAGCAGUCAAUGCGUUUCUGGGCAAAUGUGGGAGUACUGUUAGUUCCCCUGGCUCUACUCGCAAAAAUGGAACAGCAAUUGCUACUUCAUCCUCAGCUACUUCUGGCUCUAAGGGUUUGGGCUCACUUUUAGGUGCUUUACUUGGUGGUGGCAGCCUUUUAGGUGGGCUCGGUAGUCUCUUUGGCAGUCUGUCUGGAAGGCCAUCUAGUUCUGCUACGGCCCCGAAAGCGUCAGUAACAUACAUAGCUACUCCUGUGGCAACAAAGGCUAUUUCUGCAGCAACAACUACAAUUGCCACUCCUAUUGCCAACCCAUGUACUACAGCAGCUCGUUUGUUCAAGAGAGAGCGGCUCAACAUGUACUACUAA